AUGAGCUGGACAGAGCUUGCGAAAGUUCUCGAUGAUACAGCUCUUUUUGAUCGAGGCCUUUUUACGCUCCCAGGAGGGAAAUACAGAGGCACUCCGCCAGUCGUAGUCCUACGCAGGGCUUUCCCAAAUUUCGAGGACGUACAGAAGGCCUACCGGGAGCAUCGAGCAAAGUCUCAAAACGAUGAAGAUGCCUUCAAAAAAAUCAAGCAUUUGCUUGUAGCCAAACCAGGGGUAAUAAAAGAUGAGGACAUGCAUUUCUGGAUUGCAAAGGUUGAGAGACACCUCAAGAAAUUGACCAACAAGAUAGAAGCAGACAAAAGAAAAAGGGAGGGUCUUACACUAUUGGAGCUGGAAAGGGAGCAGAAGAAUAACGUUACUCAAUCUAUCAUAAAGGAGUGUGCGUCUUUUCGUCCUUCACCUGAUAGACCCAGCGCUGCAAGCAUAGACGAUUUUGCUGUUGCAGCAGAAGCUCAGUCGGAAAACUCAUCAACGCUCGUCACCCAUCUGAAGUGCAUUGAGCAUGACCCAACCGCGUUAGCCAACUUCCUUUCCACAGAACGCACAAACCUACUCCCGAAUGUGAAGCCAUUCAUCGAUGGGCUUCGGAGCGGAAGAUUGAGACCCCUCAAAGAUGCAAAGGUCACGGAUUGGGAAGACAAUAUUCCUCAGUUGUUCUGUGUGAAGGAUGUAUGCCCCGACUUAGACCUUGAGGCAGUUUGGGGAACUGCGAUCACACAUAUCAAGCAGGGAACGGUCUAUGAAGCUCACAGGAAUGGUCAGCCAUUAGAAUUUGAGCCGCAAUUUGUCUCUACAUUCUGUCGGGGUACAUCUGUGGGAUAUCCUAAAUACGUUGUCAACAUACCUUUGGGAAACAUCAAACUCUAUUUACCUCAACAUAUCCAAGAGCACUACAAGGUGUAUCAGCAAGAAGAUGAAGAUAGUGUUUUCUUAGCUCAAGCAAACAUUGGAACAUUUGGAUCAGUCGUUGACAUUCAUGACGGUAACGCUUCUUCCUUAAUCGCAUUGAGCAUGAACUGA